CCCGGCGAAUGGAGAGGAACAAUCCACACGUGCCCCAAGACGAACUUUUCAAAAUUUGCUUGUAAACAUUCGUGCGUGCUCGCGAUCACUCGCAUUCUGUGCUCGUGGUGACCGCAGGUGUCCGAAGUGACGAACCCGCCCCCAGCCGACGGGACAGCAACGUCCGGAGCAAGGUGUUCUGUCACAUUGAUAUUUGGAGAGAAUCCAUCAUCCAACUCUACUUGAGAAAAUAUAAUCCCACCCUGAUGCUGAAUAACUCAUAUUUCAACUAUUAAGAAACCAGCGAAUGAGCCGAGGAUGCUGGAGCUUUGCAUCAUCUUUAGCACUUUAGGUGGUGAUUGCUAAUCAGCGCCGAGUGCGUUUCGACCGAAUCUCUUCUCUCCGACUCUCAAUUCUCUCUUCCUCUCCGUCCGUGCAGAAAGAAAAGACAAUGAACGCAGUGAUUUUAGUCGCGGUGUGUGCAGCCUUGGCAACGACGAGGGUGAACGCGGCCACCGCCCCCGCGGCACCUGCCCUCGCCACCAUCACGCUUGAGGAAGAAGAGCCGGUCGCCAAAGAACAAGAUCACGUGCGCGAGUUCAGCUGCGGAAAGAUGUACUACCGGACGUUCUAUCUGGAUGAGAAACGCGACGCCCUCUACGUCGGAGCCAUGGACCGCGUCUUCAGGCUCAACUUGAGCAAUAUCAGCCACUCCAACUGCGAGAGAGACUCUCUGCAGCUGGAGCCAAGCAACGUCGCCAAUUGUGUGUCCAAAGGAAAAUCGGAGGCAUUUGACUGCCGUAAUCACAUCCGCGUGAUUCAACCGACGGGCGACGGAACGCGUCUCUACGUGUGCGGCACCAACGCGCACAACCCCAAGGACUGGGUGAUCUAUUCCAAUUUGACGCACUUGUCGCGCAACGAUUACGUUCCCGGCAUCGGCAUGGGCGUCGCUAAGUGUCCGUACGAUCCCAACGACAACUCGACAGCAGUGUGGGUUGAAAAAGGCAACCCUGGUGAUCUUCCAGGUCUGUACAGCGGCACCAACGCCGAGUUCACCAAGGCUGACACGGUCAUCUUCAGGACGGACCUCUUCAACAUGACCACACGCCGAAAGCAGUACUCGUACCGCAGAACCAUCAAAUACGAUUCGAAGUGGCUUGACAAACCCAACUUUGUCGGAUCCUUCGAUAUCGGCAACUACGUCUACUUCUUCUUCCGCGAAACGGCCGUCGAGUAUAUCAACUGCGGCAAGAACAUCUACUCGAGGGUUGCCAGAGUGUGCAAGAAGGACACUGGAGGAAAGAACAUCCUCAGCCAAAACUGGGCCACUUACUUGAAGGCUAGGCUCAACUGCUCCAUUCCAGGCGAAUUUCCUUUCUACUUCAACGAGAUUCAGAGCAUUUACAAAGUGCCCGGUGAUGAUGAAAAGUUCUACGCAACAUUCACUACCUCGAUGAAUGGUCUGAUGGGCUCUGCAAUUUGCACUUUCACCAUCGAAGACAUCCAGACUGUCUUCAAGGGAAAAUUCAAAGAGCAGGCCACUAGCAGUUCAGCUUGGCUUCCUGUCCUUAGCAACAAAGUGCCUGAGCCUCGACCAGGCGAGUGUGUCAACGAUACCGAAACUCUACCUGACACCGUUUUGAACUUUAUUCGCUCUCACCCUCUGAUGGACUCGGCUGUGGGUCACGAAAACCACAAGCCGGUUUUCUACAAGCGCGAUUUGGUGUUUACCCAUCUUGUGGUGGACAAAGUCAAAGUGAUCACUUAUGGAAAUGAGCAAGAAUACACAAUUCACUACGCUGGUUCAAAUAACGGCAAAGUGCACAAAGUUGUCCAGUGGUACGAUGCCAAUGGAGAUUCAUUCUCCAACCUUCUGGAUGUGUUUGAAUUGACUCCAGGGGAGCCAAUCAGAAUCAUGGAAAUCUCUCAGAAGCACAAAUCUCUGUAUGUGGCCUCGGACCACAGGGUGCGCCAGGUCGACCUAGUGAUGUGCAACAGGCGUUAUGACAACUGCCUCCGAUGUGUCCACGACCCCUACUGCGGAUGGGACAAGGACACCAGUUCCUGCAAGCCUUAUGCCAAAGGACUUUUGCAAGAUGUGACCAACAGCUCAGCCAGUGUCUGCGAAACAAGCAUCACCAAGAAGAAGAUGGUGGUGACCUGGGGCCAGAGUGUGCACCUGGGCUGCUUCGUGAAAAUGCCUGAGGUGCUGAGCAGCCAGACAGUGAGCUGGUACCACCACAGCAGGGACAAGGGUCGCUACCAGAUCACCUUCCGGCCAGACAAGUACAUCGAGACCUCUGAGCACGGCCUGGUCAUCAUUGGGGUGCGCGAGGCAGACGCUGGACGGUACGACUGCUUCCUCGGUGGCUCCCUGCUGUGCAGCUACAACAUUACCGUGGACGCCCACCGGUGCAGCGCACCAAGCAAGUCUCAGGACUACCAGAAGGUCUACUCAGAUUGGUGCCACGAGUUUGAAAAGUACAAGCUGGCCAUGAAGAAUUGGGAGAGAAAACAGGAACAAUGCAGCUCAAGGUCAAAUGACAGCAGCAACCAGAACAGCCAUCCAAAUGAAAUCUACCACAGGUCAUCCCGGCCCUUGGUCUGAUUCCCUCAGCCACCUCAAUAAGACUCGAACCUGAUUUCAACCGUAGUUCAACUUGAAGGGACAAUUAUUUUCGAGUGAGCUGGAGCAUGAAUGUGUUGCCGUGUGAAUCUGUCUACUGAGCUAGCAAAAAUCAGUUGAUUGCUCGCUGCCCGGCUGCCGAAAUAAGAAGAUUCUGCCUGUCCGAGAGGCGACGGCCAGCGAGUGUUUCUGUGAUAUUCUAACUUUCUUAUGGACAACUAUGCAAAAAAAACUGAGUAUUUAUUACCACUACUAUACCACUGAGGCCGAACGAGCUACAAACAUAUGUGAAUGAUUAAAAAGCAAAAAAAUGCCAGCAAAUCAAAAACUAAAUUGGAGGGAUAAAAUUUGUGUAGAAACUUGCUUCGGGUUAUUUUGACUAUAUACUUUUGCAUUACUGGCUGGUCUGUGAUGACUGAGAGACACUUUCGUAGAAAACUAUCGGCGGAACCUCAUUUUUUGAUAAGAGAAGGACAUCAGUGAUGCAAAUUGCUAAAUAAGAAAUGGACCUAUAUAUGUGUACUUUUGUUGACAUUCAAAGUGUAUAAAUGGAGAAAAUAUUUUGUGUGUAGUGGCCAAGUGACUGUACGAAGUAAAUCUGAGUUUUGCGCCGCGAUUCGACGUCCAAUUGCGCGAUUCGAGUGAGAUCGAGCAAAAGCUGACCGGUGGGACAAUCAACGAGCCGCAGGAGUGGACGAUGCACCGCAAUUAACCGCCGGUCAAGAUCAAACACUGCAGCCAAUCUGUUGUACAUUAUAAAUGAGCGUAGGAAUGCAUUCUCGCAGAGUAACAAAAAAAAUGUACAUUACCCUGUAAGUUGAAUAAUUAUUUAGACUCGCUACACAAUAAGAUGACGAUGAUGAUGGCUUUUCAUCUCUACUUAAACUUUAAGAGCUUGUUACAUUAUCAAAAUCUUUCAAACUAAAUGUGUAAAAUUUAAAAGAGCGCCAGAUAAGGAGAUUGUAUUGUAAAAAGAUUAAUUAUCACACUUCUGAAUGAAAAGCCAGGUAAAUGAGAACGAGUGCAAAUUUAAGCAGGGCAAGAAAGAAAAAUCUAAAUUGAUUUCAGCCUUGUCACAGUGUUGUGUAAAUAUAGAACAUUUUCGAGGCAUGUAGAAAAAAAAGAAAGCUAAUUCCGUAUACACAAAAGAGAAAAGCAGAUCUUAAAUUAAAGUAAAAACAAAUGUAUGUUCACCACUGCAAUAAAAAAAGUACGGCGGAGCAAAUUUCCUCGUUAAUUUAGAAGGGGACAGUAGAAAUUUUGAGUGUACUGCAAAGCGCAUUAUUUUUUAGUUCCAACGCCAACUGCAGCAAAGUGUAAAAUUUUAUUACUUGAAAUUUACAGAAAUUGGAAUAUAGCAGAACAUUUUGUGAAUCGAUCAUGAGAAAAUAAAACUAUUAUAAGAAAGAACAAU